CUUGGUGACUUAAGUGAGUCCCCGCCAUUGCCACCAACUUGGGGAUCAUUUUUUCAUUUGUUCAUUAACCUUUAAAUAAAAUUUUAGUUUUCUCAAGAAUUUUCUUUAAUGGUUCGUAGACGAUUCCAAGAUGCUAAAACAGGAAUAUCAAUGUUGAAUUCAUUUAAUGCCGAGAAAUUCCUGAAGAAAGUCGGUUUAGGAAAAGAAGACCAUCAUUUCUGGAAGCAAGUGGGAAAGGCACUGCUAUGCACAUAUACACUUUUUGGCAUAGCGUGGCUUUAUAAUGAAACUUCACCACUGGGUUGGUGGACUCUUAAACCGAGACCUAAGGAAGAGAAAGAGCUGGCUCAUUUGUACGAGCGCCGAAAGUUCCCUUACCCAGGCGACGAGGAGGCCAUGAAGGAUUUUAUUGCUAAAGGUGGUAUGAUUGGAACAACCAUUGGGCCAAAAGGGGUCAUUGAAACAGAUAAAGAUUCGUAUAAUUAUCAGAAGGCAUUGCAAGACAAGAAGUUUGAUCAAGAGGCUUUGAAGCUAUGGUUGAGGAUGAGAAAUGAGGUUAUUUCUGAACUUCAAGAUAAAGGGUUUGAUGUUGAAUGAAAGCUUUUAGUAAAGAACUACUGCUUUUAUAUGUCUAGUAUUUAACUCUCAUGAAGAUUGUGUUUUUGUGGGAUGAGACUUGUUAAUGCUUUGUGUUUUCUGUAUAUUGGAUUUCCUUUUUUGUUUAUAGCUGAGUGGAAUAAAACUAUAGCUGAGUGUAUACAUCAAUCAUCCCAGGAUGGUCUGUAUGUUCACUACUUCACUAAUUGUUUGUGAAAAAUUACUUUGACUUUCAUUGA